UUCUUGAUCUUUACCAGGUGUGAAAAUUGUGAAACUCUCGCUUUCAAUUCCAUUCCUCAAGAAGAUGGACCACCCUAUUCUCCCACUUCCACCGCCGGAGCCGCCGGCGCCGGAAAAUCCACCUGAAAAAGCACCUCCCGAAUCCCACACCUACAAUGACUCUGCAAUGUCCAACUUCAGAGCUCUGAUGAUGAAAAUGGCCAUUGAAUCUUCUCCCAGCAAGUCUCUUACCCCUACCCAGACUUUGAUCUUGGAAGACAAGCUUCGCCAGUGCUUCCCUUAUCUCAGAGCUCCUGAUCAUCCUCCUUAUGCCUGGAUGAUUACUACAGCGAUUAAGCAGUUGAACGAGGAAGGGGGUAGUAGCGAGGAGGCAAUAUCGGAGUGCAUCAUGAACGAUAAUCACGACUUGCCAUGGGCUCACUCGACUCUACUCAAGCACCAUUUGGUAAAACUCUGCGAGAAGCGCGAAAUUGUUCAGACUCGAGAUGGAUUGUAUGUGCUAAAUGAUCGAAUUGCGAGUGUUCCCCACGUCUCUAUCCCUUCGAACCCUCGAGAGUUUUUUGAUUCUACUGCUAGCCCCAGCUGUAGUCUUAGCAUUAGCCUCGCCUCUGAUUCUAGCUCUGAUUCGCUCUACGGGGGUUCCUCGAGGAGAAAGGGGAAGAGGAGGAGGAGGAGGAAAUCGAAGAAAGCUCGAAACACGAGAAAGGGAAGACAACAAAAAGGUAGUGCGAGGCGGGGAAAUAAUAUCCAUUUGAAGCGAAAGAGGAAGGUUCAGCGUAGGCCACCUAAGAAAGGCAAGUGGAAAGAAGAAAUUUCGUCGGAUGAAGAGAUGGAGGAUGAGCUGCUCGAUAUCAUGUUGGAAGAGGGGAUGGCUGUCAUUAGAGCCGAGAAUCAAUUGAACGAGCAGAAAGUGACAGUGGAGGAAGAAUUGCAUCAAUCCGAAGACAUAAACGAAGAUUGGAGGCCACUUGAGAUUCAAGAAAUCACAAAUAUUAGCCCCCGUGAAGCAGACCGAUUGGAUAGUACACCGAUGAAUGCAAAAAUAGACGUUAUGGAGGUGCAAGAUCCGGUUGUUAACGAGAAAAUGGAAGUCGAUGGAGGACAAAAUCACAUACGAGAGCAGGAUCUGAUGCAAAAAAAGUCGAGGAGUUGGUCUUGUGAGAAAGAUUCUGGGGAAAUACCAAUCCCGAUGAACGAAGGAGAUGCACAAAAUCCGGUUUUCGAAGCAAGAACUGAUGACAUUGAAGCACAAAACGAGCAAAAAGAACAGGAAAUGAUGAAUGGUCGAAGCCCAUUAGGACUGGAGCAUAACGCCAAUCAACUCGAGAUGAAUGCAGAAAUGAAAGCAAUGGAACUGCAAGAGGGAACUGUGGUUAUUGAGGAACAAAAUCAAUUGAAACAACUGGAAGUAAACGAAGAAGAGCCCCGAGACAAUCAACAGGAAGUUCGUGGGGAGAAAAACACGGGGGAAGAAAAUUCCCUUCUAUGUGUCUCGAAUCAGCUGCAAGAGCAGAAGCUUCUGGAAGAAUUGCAUCCACUAGAAGAGGCCAAGCAAGGGGGAAAUCAACCGGAGAUGCUGGAAGUGUCGCCUAGUAUCCGACGCGAGGAAGACUCGAGGCACGAGAUUAUCCAGACGAAUGAAGAUAUAGAAGUUAUAGAGGUGAAAGAUCGGGAUGUAGAAGAGCAAAUAACCGGCAAUCCAGCACAAAAAGAGCAGGAAGUGAUGGAAGAAUCACAUCAAUCACCGAAAAUGGAAAUAGAGGACAAGCAAGAGGAUAUGGACGAGAAGAAAAGGGAUUGGGCGUGUGAGAAAGAUGUAUUGUCACAAGAAAGGGAGGCUCAAGAUCUAUUAUUACAAGACGUCGAUGAAGGAGAACAUCAACCGAUGCAAGUCGAUGCCAUGUUAGAAGAAGAGAAUCCGUUACAACUAAUAGAAACUAUUGAUCAACUAGAAAACCCGAAUUUAGUGAAUGAUACCGAGUUUCAGGAAAUGGUAGAUGAAGGUCUAAAAGAGCAUGGAUGUCAGGAAUCGAGAGGAAAAGAAAUUAUUCAUUCCCCAAAAAAUUCAUCAUUUCUCGACGAGGAACAGCAAAGCAUUCAGACUGAAGCAGAAAUAGUACAGGAUCAGAAUACAGAAGAAAUUAAUGUUCUUGAAAUCACAAAUGAACCCGAAGUAGGGAGGUGCCUUCGAUCUGGAAGAAAGAUGAAAUCUGGACAAAAACACGAAGCAGUGGAGACCUCUACUGGCAGUGAAGCGCCUGCACAUGAAGAGACCAUUGACAUAAAACUGAAUGAUCAACAAGAACAAGAAACAGUUGCUUGUGAAGAGCAGAGCAUUGAGAAAGCAAAAACGGGUAUGGUGGAUGAUCCUUAUAUAGUGUGCUCUAGUGACGAAGUUGAAGAAAUAAGUUCUCCACUCCAACAGAAUAAUGAGGAGGAACAACAAGAACUACAGUAUUCAGAGGAUACAAAGCAGGAGCAACUAAGCCAAAGACAGUUAAGGCCUCGGGUUCCCAAGACUGAACCAGGUACUCAAGAGCAUCGAAUUCCCCAAGUGGUGUUGUCAUCGGAAGCAACAAGAAGAGUCGUCACUAGAGGAAUGGCAGCUGCUACUGCCCUUGAUGAGCAAGCUCCACAACAGAGAAAGAAGCGCUUAAAAAGUCAAGUAGGUGAAAUAUCUCGCAUGCCUAGACGAUCAACUCGCCUUUCUUUGGGACAAUCAAAAAAGCGGGUAUCACGCCGUCGAACCUGAGGAAGGCAACAUAAAUUAUUCUUAGGAAGCAUGUUAUGAUUCAGAGACGACAUGCACCGCGUGCUCAACCUCUUCAAGGAUAGUAUGUAGUAUGUACCUUUAUUUGUACCAAGAAUUCUGCUGCUUUUGUAACAUAGAACUGUUAGGUAGAGCUCCUAGAAAUGGAGUUCUAUGAUGUGCAAGAUUUUCCUAAGCUAUUAUGUAAAUGAAAUGUUGCUUGGGAGGAGAAA